UGUGUGAUUUCUCGCGUUGCAGCAAAACAUGGCGUCCAUGGACGCGAGUUUUGGCUCUGAAACACUGCAUCUGAAAAUAAUGAUAUUCCCUUGGUUGUUAUUUAUAUAAUACGAAUAAUUGAGCGUUAUCUUUAUUUUCAAGAGGUUCGUUAUUUACAGUCAGUCGUACGCUGUCUGUUGCAGUGCAGUCAAAGAUAUAUCCAGAUAUGUGUUGUCAUGCUAAUGCAAUGGUCUCCGAGCCAGGAAGAUGUCACUGAGCAUCUUAUCAUCGGUGAAAUAUUUUAUUAAUGCAUAACUAGCUUGUAUCAAGAUGACGAAGGCUCCGAAAAAGAAAGGCUUGUCGAAAUGUUAUGUUUGCACUCACAGCUACAAAGCAGAGGAGAUAGAUGAACACAUGAAUGGUAUUACCCAUCACCAUGUUUUGGAACAAUUAUAUAACAAGAGCCGCCCCCACCAUUGCCUUGUAUGUGGAUGUGUGUGGAAGGGCCUGACGCUCUACCGGCAGCAUGUUGCAACUCCAGAACACAAACAGAAAAUCGCUGAGCUGGUAAAACAACGACGCAGUGGUGCAAAUGUGCCACACAAGUACACAAUCGCUCCAGACCUGAUUAACCUAUGCAAGGAACGUGACCGGCUGAACAGUGAGAACAAGGCCAAGAGAAAACUAGAAAAGGUUAAGGCUCGGAAAGCCAAGCACCAGGGAAAGGCCUGUAACAGUAAAGGCACGCAGUCCAACACUACACAUCAGAAUCCACAUCCACAUCACCAACAGAACAAGGAGAACAACAACAACAGCUCGAGGUGGAGCCUAGGCGGCGAACCUCGUGGGCAUUCUCGGUCACCUGAUUCCCCCUCGAGCUCCUCAAACAGGGAGUGGGACGGGCCCGCUCUGCAUCAGGAGGUCUCCAGCUCACAGGCAGAUGGAGGCGGGAGCAGCAGGACCGGUUCCGUGCGCUCAGAACCAGCAGAACCAGAGCCACACAGCAGCCACGCCACAGGAUCCAAAGAGCAAGGGGGUUCGGCCCAAAGCAGCGGGAGUGGCAACCGGCCGUCUGCAAGCCAGUUCUUCUCAGAGAUCGACUUUGGUCUGGAUUUCACCAGCGAUCUGCUUCCCCCGGUGGGGGCCCUGAUCUUUGCACAUCCGCCAGCGGUUAAAGCAGGGCCGUCCAAGGGCAAGGGCAAGGUCAGCAGCCGUACCGGUGCACAUUCCACGGAAACCGCUGGCGGCAAGCAAAAUGCCUCACAUAAGUCAAGAAAGAGGCCGCUGGAUCAGAGCGAAGGACCGCCUGGCUCCUCGACCGAGCACAAUCACCAAGAGGACCUUCCUCGGUCGCCGGGAUUGGUCAAAGCUCACGUGCAGCACAUCUCCACCAUUCUGCGGCGAAUCAGGAAGUCCUUGGAUGAGGAGGGUCUGGCCAGCCUGCCACUCCCCAGCACCUCAACCACAGAUGACGAUGAGAACAACAGGGUGCUAAAGAAGCUAAAGACCGCCCAUGAUCGAGAUGGACAUGAUGCUGAGGAAAGGACUGGUGUUGUGGAGGACGAAGAAACCACAAACCCCGACUCCAGACAGUCCCCUAAAAGCAGCAGCAGCAGCGGUGCAGCUGACCUGCCUUCUUCCUCCCAGAGCCGACUGGGUCUCCCCGAGCUGCUCAAACGCGACCUGAACCGCCUCGGCGCUCACCACGAGCCCAACCUGACGGCGGCGCGGCGCGUGAGGACGGUCAGCAGCUCGCAGGCGGGCGAGGCGGAGAAGGACGCGGCGGCAGGGCCAGGCCUAAGGCCCACGCUGCAGAAGCUCAUCAACUCCACGGUGGCCAAGAGGAAGGUGAACUGGAAGGAGCUCUACCAGGAGUACCACAGGAAGAGGAGGCUGAGGGAGAAAGGCAUGCCCAGGUUUGGCAUCGAGCUGGUGAGUCCAGUAGUUCCGCUCCCAGACGACCUUCACCUGGAGGAGGUCCAGGACCUGCCCUUGGGAGAGGACUUCCAGUGGGACUCCAUAGACUUUGAUGCCAGCGGCUCGCCAGCGUUCUGUGAGGAUCCAGUGCCCGAGGAACCCUGUCCAGAAGACCACGAGCCCUCAGCUGGGCAGGUGGACGGGGACCCUGGGCUGCACAGACCUGCAGGUGUCUUUGUGAAGAUAGAGAAAGAUGAUUGGGGUCACAGGGAUAUGCAGGCGGCUGAAUCAACAUGCCAUGACAAAGAGGACCAAAUUGGACCAGAGGGAGUGAAACCCAGAAAAGAGAGGCAGGUUGAUGAGCUGCUGGCAGUGUCAUUGAGGGAGGAGGAGUUGAGUAGCUCGCUGCUAAAUCUGGAGGACAAUUUAAACCAGGCGCGUAGCGCCCUACAGGAGGCCUAUGUGAAGGUGCAACAACUCCUGGUGGUCAGAGAGCAGACUGCGAUUGACAUUAAUGCACUGAGGGCCAAACGCAUCGAGAUCCUGAGGGUCAUGCGAGGUGGGAGCAGCUCAGACAAUGGAGAGAAAGCGAAAACCAAGCCCAGCCCAGAGCAAUCCCCCCCUGCUCUGAGUUCCUCGCAGGCCGAUGCACUUACUGAUCCUCCCCCCGACGUCCCUCACGAAGUUGCACAGUCUGCGGCGUCCACGGCGGGGCAGGAUGAAGCUACACAGCCAUCCGCACCCGUGAAGGAGGAGCCGGCCAGCCCCGUUUCAUGUCAGGGCCUCGAAGUCUCCCUCUGAUGCAUGUUUGUCAGAGUGGGCGUUUUGUUCUUCGCUUCUCAGCCACAUGUUUGUUUCCUGUUUGGCCUUUUUGCUUUUGUAUAAUGCUAUCCAAGACUUGAUAACUUGAAAAGGAGUAGAGCAGCAUGACUCUCUUUUGGUCAUUUCCCUUUUGAGUAUAAUUUCAAUAUUUUCAUCCAGUGUUGUUCACUUGGAUGAAUGUACCCCUCCUUACCAACAGAGGGCGCCCUUGACCUCUCACUCACAGGAAAGGUGUACAUAGCAGCUCCCUUCUGCUGGGAAGUGUGGUGUGGCAUCACCAGACUGUAAGAACAAUCGCAUGGCAAGGCCCUUUUCACUGCACUGACAUUAAUCAUACAAUAAGCUAUGGGGGAAUCUGGGGUCAGGGAAAAUAAGUUAGAUGUACAAAAUAUUUUUCCGUCGUUGUUGGAAAGCGCAAAUUUUAUAUUCUAAAAAAAAAGUAUGCACUAUGUUCUGAAUUAAAUGGGGUAGAACAUGACCCUUGUUAAGUUCAAGAAUUUUUUUUUGUACAUAAUUUAAUGUGUAUUGUGCCAUACUUGGUGUUUUUUAUGUUUUAUCACCAGUGUAUAAUUCAUCCAUUGUUUAUGACAGUUGGCUUUCUGAGAACAGGUUGCAAUGCUUUGCCUUGAUAUACGUUUAUUAAAAAAAGCCUUUUUCAUUUGAUGAAAAUA